UAUUUUCAUUUUCCUUCGACAAAGAGCCAUCUAGUGCGUGCGUGCCCCGAAAUUUAGGAGAAAGUAGUGAUUUAAGAAUUUCGAAUUGAACUGAGCUGCAGAUUUUGCAAACAAGAAAAAAGAUGAAGUUCCCACCUCUUCGCAAAUCCGUCAAAACUAUCCCUUUGGAUGACUACAGUUCUUCUAAGCUUGUGUUUUUUGACUUGGAAACAACUGGCUUGGGGGUGGACAGCGAGGAAAUCGUCCAGCUGUCAGCUGAAACAGACAGUGAGGCGCUGAACUUCUAUGUUAAACCUCGAUUCCACGGAAGAAAUAAACCUGAACAUAAUUCAACAAAUGGUCUCGUCUUCUGUAACGGAAAUGUCUAUAAGGGCUAUUCGGGAUUAAAUGCAGGCGAAGAGUUGCCAGCAGUUAAUCAAUCGGACGCUCUGGAAGAAUUUGUUACUUUUUGCGAAUCCUUUGAAACUAAGGUAACAAUUGUGGCACACAACGCACAUUUUGACAUGGGAUUCCUACGGCACGCCUUAUUAGAAGAUGCACCGCUUCUUGAGCGCUUUGCAAACGCAUGCAUUGGUUUUUUGGAUACCGUCUCAGCCGCCCGCAAAUUGUUGCCAAAGUCGGCUCCAGAUGGUCCAAAAAACCAUAAACUUUCAACCCUUUUAGAGCAUUUCUUAGGAAGUGUGCAGGUAGAGCUGCACGACUCAGCCGUCGACGUUUCGUCACUUCGUGUGAUCUUCCGCGACAUGGGCAAAAAAAGUGAUUACCAACCGUACACCUUCUUCCUCUCUGAUUACUUGCGAUACAAGGCUGUAUAUUCCAAUGCAAAAGAAUUGGACCGCGCUUUUACUCAUUAUCAGCUUACAUUGCGACCGAACCAGUUUAUGCAGUUGGCCAGUGAAUUUGACCUCCAGAAUCUUGUAGCCUUGGCUAAAAAUAUGAGCAAGCAGGAAUUUGCAGAUGAGGUUAGAUCCAAAUGUGAUCUUCUUUUAGAAAAGACCGUUGUCUCAAUAUUCGUGGGAAUAAAUUCAGGCCUCCCCUUACAAUAAGAUCACCAUUAAUAAAACUUUCGGUUGAUCGCCUUCUUAGAAGCAAUUUAUGUUUCGUUCAAAUCGAUUGACCCUUCCCAAGUGGAAUGAACCUUAUGUAUUUUAAAUAUAUCGUUUUUGUUGACAAAUUAAUUUUGCUUGUUGUUAGCUUAAAUAAAAAAUGCACCGUUUUCAAUUUUGAAGCAUUGAAAUUUAGGAAGAUAAAUUAUAAUAUUAUAUGCCAUUUUAUUUGUUGAAGGGUUGGAGAUGAGCUAAAUUAUGGUAAAUAUGUGAAUUAAUUUUUCUUUGAAAAUUGAGAUGAAAUGGCAAUGCUUUAUUAUAUUUUGUGAUUUAAGUUUUGGUAUAAGGAGCACUAUAUUAUAAUUAAUUUUUUGUGUGUAACUAAAUUUGUAAAUAUGCGGGCAGGAAUGAAGGAGCUUCACUUUUUGUACCGUUGUAUAUAUACAAAUAAAUAUA